AUGCUCCGACUGGCGGUUACAUCACGGCAGCUCUGCCAACAACUCAUCCGGAGGGAAGUGGCAAUUGGCUUACAAAGCCUGGGACAUUCCUCAACCAACAUUUCCGCGUUCGCCAGCGCCAGACGGAUGGCACACACGCACGGGAUUAACAGUGCAAGAUCGUUGUCCACAUCACAGCCAAAGCUGCAAAGUGAAGAGGUGGAAGUAACCUUCGUACGGGCGAAUGGCGAACGGGUGAAGGCAAAGGGCAAGGUCGGAGACUCGCUGCUGGACGUUAUAGUCAACAACAAUAUCGACUUUGAAGGAUUCGGUGCGUGUGAAGGCACCCUAACGUGCUCCACCUGCCAUCUAAUCUUCGCGAAACCGGACUACGACCGGUUGCCGGAAAAGCCAAGCGACGAGGAGCUGGAUAUGCUGGAUCUAGCCUAUGAGCUGACCGACACAUCGCGUCUCGGUUGCCAAAUCACGCUCUCGAAAGAGCUGCAGGGGCUGGAAGUGCGCGUACCAGCCACAAUCAACGAUGCCCGAAGCUAA